AUGACGGCGAGCCGUUAUCACCUUCACAUUGUGGACGGCGGUGAUCGCAGCAGCACUGUUACCGCCUCCAUGAUAUUCGCUCAUCUGGCCCUACGGUGUGGGCAGUUACGGAACUAUCUUUUGGUAAGUGCCAGCAGCACUGAUGUUAAAAAGAACCGCGAUGCGGCAAACCCCAAUCGACUUGCCUCAUCUCUUGGGGGAUCGUCAGCAGGCGGCACACGACCGACUUAUGUUGGAACAAGUGAUGCUGGAACUGAUGAUCAACUUCUGCUAGCUGGGGAAGCUCUUCUACGUGGGGAGGGGCUUUCACACAAUGGCAUUAGCGACGAAAGCUCGUGGGGUGAAGUUCUUUCUUCCCUAAAGGAUCGUAUCAUACCUUAUGAAAGUUUUAGCCGCAGUUUCGCUGAAUCGGAGGUAUCUCUCGCAAUGUCGGAGGGGCCUUACUUUGAUUUUAUAGCCACUGCAGAUGUGGCCAGUUUUGAUUACCUGCUGGACUAUUAUUUGGGUCCAUGCCUGCGCAGUGCCAAGAAGGGGCAGCUGGGGGUAGGAAGAUACGGUGGGCUUCCGGAAAAGCGGGACCGGAGGAUCGGUCUCAUUCAUAUUCUUUGUGGUGAGCCAGUUCGUGCAGGGUACUUACUUCAACGUUUUAUGGAGCUACUUCUGGAAAUAGAUACAAAGUCAGCGGCUGGGGAAAGUGGAAAGGCUGGCGAAGAGGCAUGGAUUAAUCGUGUGGACCACGUUGUUUUACAAAUGUAUCAACUUCUCAGUGUGGAUGUGCUCUUUACUGUGGUGUAA